AUGACAGAUAGAAAUUUCCAUGAGGCCGAAUCCGCUUCACAGCUGGAGAAUCUCCCCACGGAGGUGCUGCUACAGAUCCUCGCACACAUAGACGAUGUGCACUGCCUGUGGAACGUCAUCACCUCCUCGCCCGCCUCGUACCGCGUGUUCAAUCAAUACAGCGCUGAGAUAUUCUGGCGAUCCAUCUCAGAGAGCAUAAUCACGCCGCAGACACAGGAUAUCAUUCGUUUUGUGAUACAACUCCGCGCCGGCGCCCACAAGGGGACGAGCUUGGACGAAAUCAUGCGGAAGAUCAAAGACCGCGAGGCUGGGAUUGUGCUCGGGAAAAGCGAGGAAACGGGCUACCAGUUCGCAAACUGCGACGCCUCAAAAGUCCCAUCUCUCAGUGUGUUACGCACCGUCCUCUCGACAGCAUCUCAGGUCCACUGCUUGACCAGGUCGUGCAUUGAUCAUCACCUACAACAACUGAUUGACGCCAAGGCAAGGGGACGGCUGGAGUGGGCUCCGGAAGACGAAGGAGCGCGGAGGCCGUCCUGGGUGGAAGAGCAACGUGUUCUUCGCGCAUUUUGGCGAUUGCAGCUCAUAUACGAACUGAAGUUGGCGGUAACCACGUCACGAGUCCGGGACACUCCUGGAACAAGCGAUCAUGCGAAUGACUUCGACAUCCAGAGUUUCUACGACAGUAGCAACAGCAAUCUCAAGGUCGCUUACCACGAAGUCAUGACAGCUAUUGAGUACGUCCGGCACAUUAAGGCUCACAGAAGACACAGCUCGGGUUCUGAGACACAUCGACUGCCCCAGCUGACUUGGCCUGCGAAGGAUAUCCAACCUUCAUCAAGGCGGGUACCAACAACUGGUGCCAUGAGAAGGUCUUCGCUAGUGCUGCCAGCCGACGGCCUCUGGAUUGUUGACAGCAUGAGCCGAGGCGCCCACUCGCCGAUCAAGUACGCGGGCUUUGAGCCGUAUAGGGCUUUGGGUUUUGCCAUUUGGGACCGGCAUCGGCUCGCAGAGCUUGGGUUGGCGAGCCCUCCUGGUCAUGGUCGCGUCACGGGUCUUGGAUCUUACUUCUCUUACUGGCUGAGGCUGCUGGAUGCACGCGACUUGGCUCGAGCUGAAGAGGUGAUGCGGGAGGUUGAAAACCAGGGAGGGCGACUGGGUCCGCUGCAGCCUAUGAUCCAGGAUAAUGCGUCUUGA